AACUGAACCGAGCGGACCGAGCGAGCGGACGAACACGCUCGGCCUGUUGAGAGGUCUCCCCUGUCGCAGGUAAAACGCCGACACUGGAAAGUGAGUUCAGUCGCGGCCGCGCGAUCGCGUCGGACAAUAUUUACCAGCGCGGUGCAAGUUUGCGACCGGGGAACGUAGUAACCUCUAACCGUCGCCUACGGGGAACCUACCAAGUGCCUCGAACGAAAGAAACCGCGUCCUCCUCGCACGUUGCCUGCGACCAACCCAACCCGAGACAAGAUCACCGGCAUGCGAUUGUUAUAGCGAGGAUCGAGGGACAAGGGGAAGAUUCGAAUCAUCUGUGCGGCUAAACGAUAAAGAUGCUGCCAAGGUUAUUGGCGGUGCUCUGCACAGCACUUCCCGUGGUGCUGUCGCAGAGCAACUACGCCUCGCAGGGUAACAGCAUCGAGUACCAGCCCGGCCUGCCACCGAGCACGGUCCUGAACGGCAAGGUAACCAAACUGGACGACAUCUCGUCGAUGAUAUUUCUGAAUCGCACCAAGGCGUACCUGAAUUGCAGCCAGGGUAGCAUGCAAGUCGAGCUGAAGUUCGAGGAACCGUUUUACGGGGUCGCCUACGCCGACUUCGAUCGUAAUAGCGCGUGCAUAUUCAAAGGCCGUGGAUCGACCAGCGCCAAGUUGGAGCUACCUUUAAAAGGAUGCGGCACAAGGCAGGAUCCACAACGUGUGUUCACCAACAACGUCGUAGUUCGUUUUCAUCCCGGCCUCGAAAUGGACGGCGACGAAGUUAUUACAAUAGUCUGCAGAUAUCCUCCGCCUGUGGCGCCUGCACCACCCAAGCCACCUGAAAGCAUUAUGGCCACCGCGACUGCAUCUCCGUUGCCCGAGCCUCCACUGAAAGGAUUCCAAAUUCUGUUAAUCAUCUGCGCGAUCCUGUUCCUCUCGUUGCUCCUGCUGGGCCUAGGCUGUUCGUACAUGUGUCUGAAGCGCAGAAAUGUUCGCGUGAUCCACCGUCAUCCAUUCGGAAGUGGCUCAGGCUCCGAGAUAACGAAACUUUCUACGUCUUCGCUGAGCAACAUCACGAUGUUCGAGGGUCUGAAGAUUCCUCGGGCUCACGCGCUUCUACACGCACCUCCAUCUACUACCGGAAGCGACGCAAAUCUUAUGAUCGAUCACUCGUUGCCCAGCGAUUACCCAAGUGAAAGCUCCGAGGUUGACGAAGAACCUUCGUUACCGGUUUCCUCUGCUGGCUCCUACGACAACAAGGCAUUCGUCCAUCACGAAACUCACCAGCGACAAGAAAUGCGCACCACUAGUUCUCUAUAUUCAGAAACCGUUGCUGCCGAGAUGGAAUCAUCUUCCAUGAUGGCAGCGAAUGCUUCGAGGACCAGCAUACCUCGUCAUAUGGUCGCAGUGCCGAUAGAACCGAAGUUCGAUGUGCAAAUGAGAGUGAAGAGAGCCCCGCCACCUCCGCCAAGCCCUCUGCCCUCUGAAUCGGACGUAGCGAGCGUCGCUCUAGAAAGAAACCUCACCACGAUCUUAGAAAAAGAAGAGUCCAGCCUGACGCGAAGCCUCGAAAGUCCUCCAGCCAGAAUGACCACCUUCUCCUACGUUCCCGAACUACACGGGCCUCCAGGAGGAGCAUCGUCUCCAUCAACGAUCUCCCGCCAGCAAACGCCUCCAGUGUACUCCAGGAUCCUCAGAAAACAAGCUGAAAGAGAGACAACCACUAGCACCAGUCUAAUUCAGGAACGAAUCCCGUCGCCAUCGCCCGUGGAACAACCUCCCCUUCAGCACCACGAGAUCCGCAGACCAAGGUCCCUGACUUCGUUAAAUACGGAACUAACCGAGACUCGUUCCCUCACGGAAGUGACCGAUCACACCCACGCCAAGUACCGAGUGGCCAGCAUUCUGGCGCCAACUCCGCCACCUCCUCCGCCCAUUGUUCCAACUGCCACUGCUACUCACACGGCGAUACAGCACCGCGAGCACCGUCUGUUCCGCGAAGAAGUAACGGAACCUCUAGUGGAGCCACAAGUGGUUGCCCCAAGACGCCCAGAGAUUACCACCCACGAAGUGGACGACGUGUUCCUAAAGACGGUUACAGAGAAGAAGACGAUCGAGGACGUAGAGCGACACCGCCGCCAAGUGACCGAGUACAUGUCCAGACCUCAGCCCCCACCUGACCCCAAGUGGGACGUGACUAUCAGGAACUAUCCAACAGAAAACCUGCCACCCCCUCCACCUGAAUGGGAGAACUUCUCCGAUGUCAGUUCCACGUCGAACCUAACCAUCACCAACGAGCCAACUGGCAUCCAAUGCGACGCACCAAUAGACGAGGAGCCGGACAUCCAUAUUGAACCAACUUACACGGCCAGAGCCGAGAUACCCUGCAGACCACCGUUGUCAGCUCGCCGAUCCAUGGACGAGACAGAUGCAGACUGGUUCGGCAGACUGUCCCGCGUCCUAGAUCCCAGAUACGCCUCCGAGUUCACUGAGGAAGAACGCAUCAGAUGGCGGGAGAUCAUCACCACGGACAGCACCCUGAGGACUCUGCUGACGGAAGCCGUGGUUAAAGAGGACUAUGAGUUGAUCCGCAAGGACACCAGAUAUACCAACCUCUUCCCUCCAGCCAAAUGGGACGUGAUCAUCCGAAUCCUAGGUCCCCCCUCUAACCACGCAGGAUCCACAUCCUCGUCUAACCUAGGAAAAAAUCACCGGUAUAAGAGGUCCAAAUCAUCCGAGUGGGACACAAGAUCCAGAAGGUCGUCGCUGCCGACGUUGUAUGAGUACGAAAGCGACGGAGGUAGCUCGGCUAGAACCCAGGGCCACCGCAUCCAAGUGUCUCACUCAGCCUCGACGAUGGGACAGCCCAACCGGCUCCGCAGAUUAGGGUCUAGCCACAGGGGUGCUGGUGGUAGCAGCGAAGCGGACGUCAGGUCGAUGUCCGAGAUGACGGUCCGAGACUUCGCCAGGGUGGAUCGCGACGAUCUGACGAGUCUGAGCUCGUUCGAGGGCGCGGACUCGUUGGUCCGGUCCCUCAGUCAGCCUAGCUUAGCUAGAAGCGGUUCCGAGUUCACCGAACACUGGGGCAUACCCUCGGGGAUGAUGGAUCUCCCUCCGUGGGCAGCUGAAGACGCGGAAGAGGGGACCAGCUCCGUCGAAACGACGCCUCGUGUCGUCAGAAGGAACGACCGUUUGGAGGUCCUUGCCUCGUUGGACGACCACAGACAAGGUCUGGUUGCUUCCGCUGGUAGAUCGAGUCGGUAUAUAGAAAGGGAACUGAGCAGCGUGCGCGUCACCGAAAGCCAGAGGACCUCAAACUGGUUCCACGACGACUCUGAACCCGAGAUGCAGAUCUGAGCGAAUCUUACUCGAUUUUCGAAUUUCUAUUGAUUGUGUCCUACCACUGCUCUUGUUUCGUCAAAGAGUAGCGUAGAUUCUGAUCGAGCAUUUUUUUCUACGGCAAUGUUCAUGGUCCAGUUUUCAACGACCGAUUUAUUACGAUUUCUAUGGAGUCCACGGGUGGGACGCUUGGAUAGUUUAUUCCCUGCACUGCUCAUCGCUCAGAAGGGAUUAGGAUAAUAGCGGACAAUAAUCCUAAGACGCGGACAAUUAACGCUGAACUACCAAGCAAAUCGACUGUUUCGUAAUUUUUUAAAGAAAUUAUAGAUAUACGUUUAUUGAAAACUCCGUUCAGAUGUAUUUUUGUUUGCCUACUGUUAAAUUGAUUCAGUGAUUCUUCAGAAAAGCGUUUGUACCUUUUCACUGACUGCGAAAGAAGAAUUUUGACCUGUUUGGUGGUUUCGGUAUUAACACAACGUCUUUCAUGUUCUUUCUCUUUUUAACGAUGAAGACAGAGUAGGGGAAGUCCAGUUCGCUCUGGAACAUGGUAUUGUCCGGGAAAAUCCGGUCGCCUGUACCGUUCACUGCCUAUUCUUUCGCCAGAUCGGAAAGCCAAUAUUUUUGACUAAUCGCUCGCGCACGACUCGACGUGUCGACUGUCACGGGAGAUCAAUUGGAGACCCGUACACUUUAAACUGACUAACAAAUGAUAUUAAUGAGACAGUCCACACGUCGAAGGACAAUGGCCAUUCUCUCCACUUGCCACUCGAAUGAAACUAGAAAAAAGUCAAACGAAGUACGAGGGAUCUCGACCGCGGACCAUCGAGUGGGACUGUAGAUUUUGGCGAAUUCGAAUUAACCAUUAACGAAAGACAUUAACUCGAGGCAAGUAAGGGUAAGUUUUCUAAUUAACCACGCAAUGAAAUUUUGCUUUUCUAACGAUCGAUCAGACGACGCGUUCCAAAGAUCUCCGUGAUCGUUAGAAGCCACCGGGACGUUAUUACAUUCCUUUCUUUUUUGUUUUUUUUUUGGUAUCUUUUUGUUUUUCGAAACGAUGUUUAACGCGUUCGCUAUGAGCCUUCGAGGUGUAUAGAAUCCUCGAGCGUUGUACGUAAUAGAAGUUUAAUUCGCCUUUGCGUGUGACGCGGAAGCUCUCUUGCCGUUCCGACCGGAAGACAAUGGGAGUAACGGGGAUCGAGUUAGCGAAAGUGUUAAAUAUUCGGUCGGUGGUACCGCUGCGAUAGUAGUCUGUUUAAGUAGGUAACGAAACAUACGGUGCUGGGUUAUACGCUUCAAACAAUAGCUAGGACUUCCUUCUUCAAGACGUACUUAAUCCUCUCAGUGUUAAAUGUAUCCCACACGUGCGGUGUGCGUUGGUUCGGAGUAGAUAUCGACCGCCAGCAACACGUACACUACCAUUCAUAAAUCGCCGGCCGUGUGUACUGCGUAUUUCUCGAUUCUGAAUUGUUGAUGAUUAUUGAAAAUGGUUAUUAACCUUUUGCCUCGUGAUAAUGAUUUAUUUGUAUUUUAUUCGAUGAAUAUAGCUAUUAUUCGGCUCGUACGCAUUGGAAGAAAACGUUGUGUCUCGGUUAUGAAGAUUUAACGUUUAUAUUAAAUUUUCUUUUACGGUGAAUAUGUAAUGAAUAAUAAUGAAAUAAUUUCUUAUUCUUCACAAUAGUUUAUCUUAAUGGAUAAUAUGAUUUUAAUGUCAAGCAAUUGAUAAUAAAAUGAGUUUUCUGAGUCUAAUCAAAGAAACGAUCAUGAGGUAAAGAGUUAAUGGAACUCACGAAAAGAAAAGAAGUUCUCUAUCUUUUUUGAAUCGUUGAAAUGAUCGUCUUAAGGAUAUUACAUCUUGUUUCUCCUUGAACUUCAUUAUUUUCAUACGUGUAAACUCAAGGCAUCAUUUUCAAAAACCUUAAAGUUAUGAUCUCACGAUGCUUAAUGAUUGUUUGCAGGCUUUUAUGUAAAUUUGAAUUUUUAUGAACUAAUUUAUUAAAAUUGAAAACAAUAAAAUAUUUCUUGACUCUAUUAACGGUUUUAAGAUAUAGGUAAGAUGGAAAUCUUAUUGAUUCUUAUAAAAUUUUGUGCUAUUCUGCUACGAAUGCAUCAUAUUCACAGUUUACUUUAGGAUACGUACAUAUAAAUUAAAAAUAUAUAUUACAAACAAAUGCAUAUCUCGAAAGCGAUAUCCUUUUUCCAUCGAAUUCUGUCUUUUAAUUAAGUAUAUUAUAUGCGAGUAUAAAUCAUAUUGUAUUUUGUGAAUAAUAUCAGUCCUCUGCGUUCAUCGACAAGCUUAUUUUUUUCAAAAGUAAUUAUAUGAUCCACAAGUAACGAUAAAUCACGACAUUUAUAAGUCACUUGAUUCUCACGUAGUCCCUACCAUAAUUUCCGUUCUAAUUCACGAGACAUCUGCCUUUUAUGUAAGUAUUAGAAAGGUUUCUACUUCUGCAAUGGAACUAAUAUAGACACACUACGAGAAAUGUUGUGUAAUUUAUAGCCGAUUAUUGCUUUCUUAGUCUUUUACAUAGUUUUUAAAAGAGUUCGUUCCUUAUAUGCAUAUAUAAUGUAACGAUCUUACGUAAAAACAGGUAACACAGCAACUUAAGUCUUUGCUUACUGGCUGGAGUAUAUUUAGCAAGCACUCCGAUGUCAAUGUGUAUUAAUUAAAAAUUUGGUACUGUAGAACGUUCAUUACCCGAAUAUCAAUCAUCCGACUUUCAAUUAUUCUGAAUCACUUAAUGUAAAAGUAUAACCCAACCGGUUAAGACUAUAAAAACAGCAUACUUAUAUUAUAAAUAUUAAAUAUUAAAUAUCAAAUAUCAAAUAUCAAAUAUCAAUUAUGUAACCUUAAUUGGUUAAUGAUCGCAAUUGACAUGGAUUUGUUCAGAAAAUACAGGUGCUACACACCCCCAAACAUUUCUUUAUGAACCGCAGCGUACAUAUUAGGAAAAAUAUCAGAUAAGCAAAAAGAUAAGGCUUCGUAUCAAAUUUCUAGCAUCAGAAAACAAUUAAACUGUGGAAUUCAUGCAUCUAUAGCAGAAACAUACACAUAUAUAAAAUCCAAUAGAAGGAAAUAUGAAAGAAAAUAUGAAUUAUUUAUUUAACACCUGCCCUUCCGAGAAAACCUGAAAAAAUACAACUUUCCUUUUUAUACCCACAAUACAAACAUAAUCUAAAAAGCAUCUACAAUUGUCGCGAAAAUCUGCCGUUUACCGGUGACUUACGAACGGCAGUGUACACGUAAAUAGCUAGUUUAUUUGCAACUAUAUUAUACAUCUACACAGGGUAUCUCGCGAGGUGUGCUCGUCAGUAGUUCCUGAGGUACAAGUGAGGCAACUUCAGAAAAGGAUGCGCGCGAAAGGGCCUGGGUCUCUUGGCGAUCGUGUUUCAAGUGGAAUGACGGAAACCACACGGAACUCACUUAAUUUUGAUUCAGGACUUGUCAAGCAGAGGAUAUUCUAUUUCAAACUUUCAACACAGUGUCAUUCGUGCGAAUUAAUCUUGAUCUCGAACCUUUUCCUUCGCCGUCUUUUUUCUUCCAUUUUUUUAUCUUGGAACAACCGAGAAAUUGUUACUCAAUCGCGCUGAAAGUUUUAAAUUAGAGAUCCCAUGUAUUUAUUCGGUCGAUGCAAACAUUUUUAAAGUAAAAAUAUGACUCGAUUUAUUUUCCUUUUCGAAAUUACAACAGUUUUACAAUGAUUGUAUAAAUAAGCUUAUAACAAAUUGGAAAGGCUAAUAGCUAUCAAAGGAAAUUGUAUAAUAAAAAACUCUCCCGUUUUCUUUUAUAAAAAAAUGUUGAGACUGUUGCAUCAACUUAAUACAUACGUGCCGUGUACCUAAUUAUUAGGUCUACCAGAUAGUUCUGUCCAUAUUUGAAUGAAAAGAAAGUAAUACGUUUCCAAUACAUUUGUUAACACUAAGUUUACGGACUGAGUAAAAAAGUGAUGUUCGUUAUAUCUUGGAAAUUAGGGAUUUAAAGAUAAAUUACUAGAAUAC